CACAAAAUGCAUCCAAAACAUCCAAGACAUCUAACAUAUCCAAGCUUACUGAAGAAAACUUUGCAUGCACAACUUUUAGUCAUCUCUCAUUAAUGUAUCAAAUUAUGGUUAAACACAAUAUUGCACACGUUCAGCUAUUUAAAACUGCUGAAGGAAUAGUGGAUCGCCUUUCGGACGACGUUAUCUUUGAUGCCACUUUUUAUAUAGGAGAUUUUAAACAACCAGAACUUGUCGAGCUUUUAAAUAGGCUCUGUGAAGAUAUCAUUCUUCACAUAUUAACAAAACUACAAGAAAAUAUACCGAAUAUCGUUAUAGAUGAUGAUGAAAUAGUUAUUAAUGAUAAUUUUCAUAAAACAUUACUCGCUUCCUCAAAAUUUUGGGUCUAUAUUUUAAAGGCCAUUGGUUCGAUUGAAUCAAUUAGUCAACAUGCAUACGUGAGAACAACCCGUCAAGCUAUCAUUCAAUUAGCCGGGAAACUUCUGGAUAAGUCUAUAGAAAUGAAAAUGCUAAAAAAUAUCCUUGAUUAUGAUGACAAUAAUUUGUUAGAUUAUUUCUCUACGAUCGAUGAAUCAACGCAAUUUAAUAUUAAUGAGACAAAUCUUCAAUACCUUCGAAGUACUUUUGAAUCAUAUAUAAACAAGUUGAUUAAGCUUGACAUUUUUUACAAACAGUUUUGUAUGAAAACUAUAAAUAAGCAGGAUUACAUUUCUGAUAUAACAGCAAAAAUAAAAUUGCAAGGAACUAUUACCCUUGAAGACACAUUACAAAAAGUUUUCUGGGAAUAUCAUCAACCGAAUAUUGAAGCAGGACAACGUUCAUAUAUCUAUAGAAAAUCUCAAACAUUCAAAAAUGUUUUUGAAAAAUGUUUAGAAACAAAUGAAAUGACCUUAACAGUCGAGUUGGUUGCCACAAAAUAUAUAUCUAUGGCUUUGUCUGAUUAUGAUCGUUUAAGAUCAGAAUUUAAUAACUGGACCACACUUGAAUAUUCAAAUAUUAGCAUGUUUUGGAAAGAUGUCAAAAAUAUAGAUCAUGAACUUGAAUUAAUGUCACGAGGCAUGACAUGGAAGCCAAAAAAUGACUUGAGAAAGGCAAUAAGUUAUCUUAUUCAUAUUAAGUCGUGGAGAGAAAGACUUGAAGAUUUAGAAAGAACUUUGGGCGCUUUUAAAGUACAGAACAUAGUAGAAAGCUGGGUGGUCGAUACGCAUAAUCGGUUACUCAAAGAACCUUUAAUGCUUUUAGAUUUAAAAAAUGUCUCUGAUAAAGUAGAUGCGCAUCUUGAUGAUUUCGAUGACAAUUGUUGGGCGAUGAUUGGUGCAUUAUCUUAUGCCGGCGAUUUUAUUUCCUGGCUUCAGAUAAUUGCUGAAGGAGAUCUAAGAAAUUUAAUCAAUGGAGUUGAUGAUAAACGUGAAAUUCAUGAAGAAACUGUCGCUUCAUUGAUAGAAGUUAAACAAUUCUUGGUACCUCUCAUGAAUGAUAUGGUAAAACUUUCUAAGGAAGGACAAUCGACACUUACGAUCAUUACUAAAUUCUUGGAUAAUGUUCAUAAAAUAAUCUCGAAAAAUGAAUCUUUGCAUGAAAAAAUUAAACACUGUUGUUCAAGUAGUCUUGCCCUUCAAAAUAUAUACUUUAGCAUUGUGAAUAGAGGAGAAGCAACUAAAGAGCGUAUCAGAGAUGCUGCUACGAAAGGUUCAUAUAAAUUCUACCGUGACGAAAACCAUGGUAGAUGCACAGUAAAUUUGGUUUGCAAAGAUAAGUCCGGAAAAAUAAAUUCUUACGAUCUUUUGGGUCUACAAGAUCUACAAGGACAAGCCCUUUUGAUCGCAAAACAAGCAGCAUCAGCUUUUGUCUUACAUCUGCCAGUUGAAGAUGAGAAUAACCUAGAACAAGGAACCAAAGAACUUAUGGAAUUUGUAAAUCAAGUAGAUACGGUACAUCAGAUUGUAAAAUAUGCUUCUAAAUUAAUGGAAUUGGGUCACUUUGCUUAUAGAGAAUGGAAUAUGUCUGCAAAUUCCGCAAAGUUUAUGACGGUGCAACUUGAAAAGCUUAAGAAAGAUCUGCAAUCAUGGGAGGAUAUUAUGCAACGAGCACAUGAGGAACAUUAUUAUUUAACUUUCUAUACUGCUAGGAAUAUUUUAAUAUUUUAUGAUUAUUUCAGCUGCAAAGGACAUGUUAAUCCUAAAACCCGCGAGACAUGCGAGUUAUUGCUGCGACUUGUAAACAAACAAGCAAAGUUACUACCAAAUAGGGGUGAUAUAAUUGUCGAUAUGAACAAGAUGAAUUACUAUGAAGUUCUCUGUCAGAUAGGUCAAAAAUUGCAUGAAAUGAUUACGCUAAGAUUUGAAUAUCCCAAGCCAAUCAAGGCCAAACUCGAACCAAUUGCCUCGGAUGUAGUUUAUCAAGGCAAAUUAUUUGUCGCUGCGUGCGCAGAUAAUAGUCGUGUACCAAACAUUAUCAUGUCUCUAUAUGCAAAUCACAAAUUCUACCCCAAGUCAUGGCAAUUGCUAAUAUGUAGAAAUACAACAACUGAAGAAGAAAUUUCAAUUUUUAUAAAAAGAUGCUUCCUUGCCGCAAGAAAUGGAUAUGGAGAACGACUAUUUUGUAUCGCAAGUUUGGAAUUUCUUGAAUUCGAAUUACAAUACAA